CCACCACUAAGCCCUGUCCCUAAGCACCUUGUCUGCCCGGCUUUUAAAUACCUCCAGGGUAUAGGCUGAAACUUGCCUGCCAGACCUUUAAAACUGAGCUUAAAUUUGAACUGUGUCCUGGAAGAGAGCAGAGCUGCCACAACACACUGCAGGUUUAUAAAGAGCACAGAAUUCGCAUGAGCUGGGCUGCUGGUAGAGAAAAAGGAUGCUGACGACUGGAGGGAUUGAUUUGCCUUUCUCAGAGAUGUGCUUAUCUUGGAGUAGCGCCCGGGGGAGUGUGACUGCAUGGAAAAGCAGCACGUCAGAGCAGAAAUAAUGUCAUGCAGCCCAAUGGCUGCAGAAGAUUCCAGCUGGGAGCUCUCCUGGGGGUAUAAAACUGGCUGAAGGAGCAAAAGUAGCGGCGAGCCGAUCAGGAGAGAAGCACGCUGCGGGAGGCAGGAGCACCCACCCGCUCCAGCUGCUUGCGCGUCAUGUUUGCAGCCUCCGAUCGCGCCGGGGCUGAGCUCUCCCGGCACACGGUGUGAGCUCUGCUCGCUCGCAAAUGAGCUGUCUCCAAAUUAGAGGAGCAGAGCGGCAUUUUGGAGAUGUUGUCCUGUUUUGUCUGGCUCUCCCUCCCCGGCUUGGUUAAUGCCUUUGCGACCCCAGGAAAGUUGCCCCUCAACGGGACCCUGGAGAAGACUUUUGUAAUCCCGAACAUCUCAGGUUCCUUUCCCUGGGAUAAUGACAGCCUGGCCGACUGGCAGAGCUUUGUGGGCAGGAGCAGGUACGGAGUGGAGUCUCAGAGCAUCCCGGUGAAAGCCCUGCUCGUCGCAGCGUACUCCUUCAUCAUCGUCUUCUCCCUCUUCGGCAACGGCCUGGUCUGUCAUGUUGUCAUCAAGACCAAGCGCAUGCACUCCGCCACCAGCUUGUUCAUUGUCAACCUGGCUGUAGCUGAUAUCAUGAUCACACUUCUCAACACGCCUUUUACACUGGCUCGUUUUGUGAACAGUACCUGGAUAUUUGGGAAGGGGAUGUGCCACGUCAGUAGGUUUGCGCAGUAUUGCUCCCUCCACGUCUCUGCCUUGACCCUCACAGCCAUUGCCAUGGACAGGCACCAGGUUAUAAUGCACCCUCUGAAACCUCGCAUAUCUCCUGCAAAAGGUGUUAUCUACAUCUCUGUAAUCUGGAUCAUGGCAACUUGUUUUUCCCUACCACAUGCUAUCUACCAAAAACUUUUUACCUUUGAAUACAGUGAGGAAGUUACCCGGUGCCUGUGUCUGCCAGAUUUCCCCGAGCCUGCUGACCUCUUUUGGAAGUACCUUGACUUAACAACCUUCAUCUUGCUCUAUGUCCUGCCCCUUCUGAUCAUCUCUGCUGCCUACGUGACAGUGGCCAAGAAACUCUGGCUCCGCAAUGUCAUUGGGGAAGUCACCACUGAGCAGUACUUUGCCCUUCGCAAAAAGAAUAAGAAGACCAUAAAGAUGCUGAUGCUUGUUGUUGUCCUCUUCGCAGUCUGCUGGUUUCCCUUAAAUUGCUACGUCAUCCUUCUCUCCAGCCAGACCAUCCACACCAACAAUGCCCUGUACUUUGCCUUUCACUGGUUCGCAAUGAGCAGCACCUGCUACAACCCCUUCAUCUACUGCUGGCUCAAUGAUAGCUUCCGAUCAGAACUGAAGGCUUUGCUCAGUGUGUGCAGAAAACCUCCUAGACCUGAAGAACAGAGGCUUCCCUCCACAGUUCCAUCCUAUCGACUGGCUUGGCCAGAAAACGGCAACUUCAAGAGGUUGCAGGUUUCCCGUGUCCUUCCAUCAGCCUCCAACAUCCAGCCAGGAAAGACAGACAUCUCUGCAGUUGAGCCGAUAGUAGCCAUGAGCUAAAUGAUGACCCUGGGAAAUGUAUAAGGAAUGCACAUAGAUUUGGUUAGAGCUAAAAUGGUGGGAAGGUGUGGAGCUCUGGCCUGCUGCUUAGGCACUGUGCAACUACACAUAAUAAAAGCAAGAAGGAGGUUCUGCAGGAGGUAGUGUGAAAGAGCUCGAUGUUUGAUGCCUGACGACGAUAACGGCGGGGAGCCCCUAAAAGGGAGAAAGCAAACUCUUCUCAGGAAGAAGCUCUCUUUGUCAAGUUGACUUUGGAUCGGCUUGCAGGAUGAGAUCCUUUGCAUGUGUCACUGUUAAGUGCAUGACUAAGCCUCUUUAUGGCUGGGGCUGUGUGUGUGUUUCGCUGGUAUUUAAACACUAAAGCAACAAUCUAAUCACAUCAGGCCUCCCUCCCCCUUUUCUAAGUCUCUUAGUAGCAACAUGGAAAUGGUUGAGACAUAGACCUCUAGGUUGCUGACUUGGAUCCAGUGCAAAUGGGUGGGAAGGCAUCCUUUCUGGACUGGGGCCUGGCAGGUCAAGAUCUGUUCAGAAUGAAUGAACAGAUAUAUUUC